UGAAAAUUGACCCCGCUUCCUCCCCCCUUCUUCUUUUAUUAAAGCCCACCAAUAUGCCUCCUUCCCCCUUCAAAAACUACUUUCCCAUUUCGUCUCUGCCUGUCUGAUAUUUUUGGCCCGCCGGAGUGAAGCUCUAAUUCCGAUCGUAUCUAUCACCGGAAGCUGUCUCAGGCUGUUCAUUGCAAGUAUCUGAUAGCUCUUGAGCCUGUAUAGCGAACGACAGAGUUUGUGCUUCAUUGAUUCAAGGAAGCUUCACUGUGUCCUUGUCAUUGUCUUCAAGGUCAGGCAGCAUCGCUAUCCAAACCUGGGAGGAACUUGUGACUUGUGAGUGAAUGAUUAGGUUGUUUACUCUCCGAUUUUCUUCCGACUGAAGAGGAGCUUAGAAAUCCGAAUCUGCAUUUCAUCGGGAGCUUUUAGGGCUGGAGAAAUGCAAAAGGUGAUUAUAUAACGAUGGACUCUCACCCUGCUGACCAGCGCAUUGUUACUGCAAGCAAGAAUAGAUUGGGACGCACUUUAGCUAAUGUUAUGAGGAUUCGAGCUAUGCCUGGUGAUUCCAAUGGAAAUCAACGGUCCAAGAAGCCCCACCAUGAAAAAGUAAAGAGCGAUACGGCGAUAAAGAAAGACUUUCUGAAGAAGCUGCAGUUUAACACCUUUGACGAAGAAGGGGAUGGAAAUUUGAGGGAAAAAAUAUCAAUAGAAGCUUUUGUCGCCAAACUAUUCGCGAGUAUAUCGGCUAUAAAAGCAGCAUACGCACAGUUGCAAUAUGCUCAGUCUCCUUAUAACCCAGAUGGUAUUCAAGCAGCAGAUCAAAUGGUGGUCUCUGAGUUGAAAAGUUUGUCCGAACUGAAACAAUGCUACUUGAAGAAGCAGAUUGAGGAUCCAUCACCUGAGAGUUGUUUGGCUUUGGCUGAAAUCAAGGAGCAGAAUUGCACUCUCAGAAUCUAUGAGAUUAAUGGGAAAAAGCUCGAUUCUCAGGUAAGGCUCAAGGAUUCCGAAAUCACAUUCUUGCGGGAAAAAUUGGAUGAAGCCAAACAAGAGAAUAAAUUGAUGGAGAAGAAAUUGAAUUCGAGUGGGCAGUUAUCCUUUCCCUCCGAAAAUCUCCACUUCUCACAAUUGAAUCUCAGCCAUUUCAUCAGUGUUCUGAGGCAGACAACAAAAUCAAUUCGGAGCUUUGUCAGGCUGCUUGUUGGGGAGAUGGAAUUGGCAGGGUGGGAUUUAGAUGUUGCAGCCAGUGCAAUUGUGCCUGGUCUAACUUUCUGGCAAGCAAAUCACAAAUGUUAUGCAUUCGAGUCCUUCGUAUGCAGAGAGAUUUUUGAUGGUUUCAAUUAUCCCAACUUCUCCAUUAAGCCCGAGGGUGAAAAGGGACCGAAACACUUCUUCGACAAAUUUGAGGAGUUUAGACCGGUAAAGGCAGCCGAUUACCUGAGGUGGAAGCCAGACUCUGCAUUCGCAAGAUUUUGCUGUAAGAAGUACUUGCGGCUUAUCAAUAAGAGAAUGGAACAGUCUCUGUUUGGCAAUUCAGAUCAGAGGAAAAUGGUGAAAAAUGGCGAGUUCCCGGAGACUUCAUUCUUUUCGACUUUUAUCGAAAUGGCGAAGCGCGUCUGGCUUUUGCAUUGCCUUGCGUUUUCGUUUGAUCCAGAGGCUACGAUCUUUCAGGUGAGCAGAGGAAGCCGGUUUUCUGAAGUGUACAUGGAAAGCCUGAGCGACGAGGCGUUCUGGUCAGCGGACCGGAGACAGGAAACCGAACCGGUGGUGGCUUUCACGGUGGUUCCUGGGUUCAUGGUGGGUAAGACUGUGGUUCAAUCUCAAGUGUACAUGCGUUGACCUGCGAACCAGAUUUAGUCGUCUCAAGUGGGACCCCACUGAUCUGUCAAGCACUCACAUGAUAUGUUCAUGUAAAAAAUUGAGAACCUGGUCAUUGCCUGUUCUGUGUGUCGACAGAGACUGUAUUCUAUGGGAACAAAACAAUGCGUCUCGGUAUUACUAUUAUAUCAGUAUUAGUUUUGAUAUUUUCUUGAGCCAUUCCUCCCCACAUGUUUUUUUUGUAAUGUUAGGUAAGUGGUGUCGGGAAUCUCUGCUGUAUAUUGUAUGAUAUGAUGAUUAAGACGAUGACUUUUAUAAAAAAAAUGAACGUUUCGG